AUGGGAAAAACUGGAGGCGCACCACAAUUACACACCAGAGGAAAAAAUAUUGUGCACAACACAUGCAUCGUGAUCCAAAAUUCCAACACCAGUAUUUCAUUUUCUGUUGGGGCAAGUUAUAUACAAAAGGGUAAUACUGGAAAUCAAUCAAAUGAGUUUAGCAAUAGUGAUGAUGAUGAUGAUGAUGGAAGUGAUCCAAAUGGUGCAACUAACAGUAGUAGUAGUGAUGCAUGUGACCAUAUUUAUACUAACAAUAUGAAUGCUGGUUAUGGAGGGCUAGUUAUUUAUACUCUAUUUUAA